CAGCGCUUCUCCGCGUCCACUGGCCGACUGCACGCGACAGGACUGUUGCUUCAUGGCGCCAACCUCACUGGGCGUCUAAAAUCAUCGACGGACAGUUUCUUUGCUCUGUUUUCUCAUUCGUGUUACAUUCUAUAUUGACUGUUUGCGACUACUGUCAUUUCAAAAGUACUUUUCGACCGCUCGCUUCCCCUCAAAAGGCCCCUGGCGGCGAGAGAGAGCCCCAUCGGGGGUAGCAGUUCACACAAUGCCUUCCCAACGUCGAAUUAAGAUCUUUUUGGUCGCUAUUGUGACAGUUGUCUUCCUGUAUAUUUACUACACGAGCGAUGCGCGACAACUCCAGAACCAGAGAUUCUAUCGCUCGACAGUCCAAGCGAUGGACGCACACGCAGCAGCGAAGGAUUCCGCGAGUGAUGAUAGCAGUCUGUUCCGAAAGCUGCAGCCGAACCGUACGCCGCCGGUCGAUAAGGAGGCGUUGAAGGCGAAUCAGGAUAAGUCGGGCGCGAGCCCGCAGGACAGUGAUCAAGAAAUGGAAGAGAUAUCUAUCGCAGGGAGGACUAAAAUGCAGGUUCCCAAGCCUAAGUCGAGUGUUGCGCCGGUAGAGCAGAAAGAGGAGCCUAAGAAGGAGAAGACUGAGCCUGAAGAUGACCCUGAGAUCAGGGAUGAGUUGAAUGGGAUUCUCAAGAUGUCUCCAAUUAUCAUCUUCUCUAAAUCCUACUGCCCGUACAGCGCAAAGGCGAAGAAUAUCCUCCUGGAGAAAUAUACUAUUGUGCCAGCACCGUUUGUCGUUGAGUUGGAUCAGCAUCCCAUGGGUCAGAAGCUACAGCUCCUCCUAGCGAGACAAACCGGUCGGAGAACCGUCCCGAACAUCCUCGUCAAUGGACGGAGUAUUGGUGGCGGAGACGACAUUGCGGCGCUAGAUCGAGAGCAGCAGUUGGGCUCGAAGCUCAAGUCAUACGGAGGAAAACGCAUCAUGGAGGUUACACCGAAGGCAUCGAAGGAGGUCUGAAUUAUCUUAUAUUAUAGACGUUGGUAUUACUAUCUUAUGCUUCGGAUCUGGCCAGUUGAUAUCCGCGGGUUGGAGGAACUGGACUAGCGCCGUGCAGAAGGGAUGCAUGAUAGGGCGUUCUUGGUUGAUAGUGAGUAUAUGAGUUUGGAUAUCAUUGUAUAUAUAGUCAGAUUUUAUGGUAUUGAUGCUCCAAUUGGAGUCAUAAGAAGACAUUCUUCAUUCUUUCGUUCAAGUCACAGAUUCACCGAGGGUGCCGUGUCGAUGAAAAACCAUAGAAAAUGCCAUGAGAGUGGAUACUCAACAAGCCAAAUCUAUGCAAAUGCUCAGAUCAUGAUACAGAAUGUUAACUAUU